AAUGCAAGCGUUUGGAAAACAAGAAAGAUCAAGAAAUGGGGAAUUUUCUUAGGAGAAGCUGCGCUGUGCACCCGGCUUCCGGCGAGGGAGGAAGAGGAAGACACGCGGAGGAUCCGCAGCAACAACGUAGAAGGAGUGUGCGGAUUAAAGUGAGGAUGAGAAGAGAUCAAUUGGAAGAGCUUUUGUAUUUGGCGCGUCGUGGUGAUCAAUCGGACGACGGUGGUAAGAUUGGUUUCUUGAUUCUUAAAGAAUGUAUGGAAGGUCGCUUACCAGCGAGUGUUCUUGGCUCCGGUGGCGAUGUUCGAUCUCAACGGUGUGGAAGUUACUUGGUGUCUCGAAGAUUGGGUUCCAUCACAGAGGAAUAAUUAAUUAAUACAUGUGCCUUCGAUAC